GGCGUAGACCGGAACUCGCGGCGGAGUCAGUGCCAGUUACUGAAACUAUUCUCCACCUUCGCCACCCGAAUGCCCCGGUGAGGUUAACAAGCUCCACCUCGAAGAAACUACCCCUGACACGGACAUUUUUUUGUCUCAAGGUAUGAUGGGUAACUGAGAUGUUGUAGCAGGUUGACGUCAGAAGGGAGAUGGCUGGAGUUUUAGCCGAUGUUACAUCAUUUAAUCAUCAAAACGUUGAGCAAUUGGUGAUCUAUCAAACAAUGUCAUUAUAUAAGCAAACGUAUUUUUGUGCUUUGAGCCUUAGCUGAUCAUCCAACUGCACUAUUGACUCUAGUAUUAAAAGAAUGUUGAGGAGUCAAGCAAAACAAGCAAAACAAUUUUCCAGCUCCAAACUCUAUUUCUGACAGAUUUUAAGUAUGUUUGCUUGUUCAUGUCAAUUAAUCAAGUAAGUUUCUUGUUGUGUACCAGAUACACAACUCUAUAAGUUAUUAGCAGUUCCACCUCGAAAGAGGCGCUACCUCUUCAAACUCCUAAUGUGUUUUAUUUUAUUUCAGUAAAAAUCUGUUCAAGGCCUAAAUAAGUAAAAUGUAUCCAAUAUUUAACAUUAAUGAAAAGAUUAAGUCCAAAAAAGUGAAUACAUAUUUGUGUAGCAGAAGCAUAGUUUUAUUUCUUUCAUCUUCUAUUAAUCAUCUCUUGACCUCUCAGGUUUUUCUUGCGACCUUUUUGGAGCAACUGACCCUCAGUUUGGACAUUGAUAUACACUAGUGUGGAAAAAAGUUAAAACUAGUUGCAUGUGUUUUAUUUUGUUUCAGUAAAAAUCUGUUCAAGGCCCAAAUAAGUAAAAUGUAUCCAAUAUUUAACAUUAAUGAAAAGAUUAAGUCCAAACAAGUGAAUACAUAUUUGUGUAGCAGAAGCAUAGUUUUAUUUCUUUCAUCUUCUAUUAAUCAUCUCUUGACCUCUCAGGUUUUUCUUGCAACCUUUUUGGGGCAACUGGACAUUGAUAUACACUAGUGUGGAAAAAAGUUAAAACUAGUUGCAUUUUGACCAACUACAAUCAUAAUAUCCUUCUCAACGCAUCAGCAUUAACUACCAAAAAUGUAUGGGCUGUUGAUAUACAGGGGAAAUUUGUAGUACAAUUUGCUGUUUCUUACUUGAUUACAAACAUAUAGACAAUACAAAAAACUCACUUUAGGCUCUAAAGUAAAAUAACACAACAACACAACAAAAUAACUCAGCACGCAACGAUUACAAUAGGUGCCAGUCUUAAGAAGAUUAUGAAAAAUGGGAACACGAAGCAAUUAGUCACUUAUCAUCAUCAUACUUGACUCUCUGUGUGCAAAUAUUCACAAGCCCCCUCACAGACACACACACAUACACACAUACACACAGAACACACACACACAGACAGACCACACACACACACACAAAUACACUAGCGCACAUAAACAAACACCCACAAACAGACACACCUACACAUUCUCAAUACUGCAACAGGCUACGCUGAGGCAAAGCCCUGGGACUCCGUGAGGCAGUGACAAACAAGUGGACUGACUGUUAGGAUGCAGGAAUAUGAUAUUAUUGUGCUUGGAACUGGACUGAAGGAAUGCAUCCUGUCUGGUUUAAUGUCCCAAAGUGGGAAAAAGGUUCUUCACAUCGACAAGAAUCCUUAUUAUGGAGGAGAGUGUGCAUCCAUCUCUCCCCUGGAGCAGCUGUACAAGAAGUUUAAGGUUCCGGGUCCUGGUAAGUCUAUGGGUCGUGGAAAAGAGUGGAACAUCGACCUCAUCCCCAAAUUCUUUCUUGCCAACGGUGAGCUGGUGAAAAUGCUGGUGCACACUGAGGUCACUCGGUAUCUGGACUUCAAAGUCAUUGAAGGCAGCUAUGUCUACAAAACAGGCAAAGUGCACAAAGUCCCCGGCACCGAGGAAGAGGCCCACGCUUCAGAUCUGAUGGGCAUGUUUGACAAGAGAAGGUUCAAGAAAAUGCUGCUAUACGCCCUGAACUUUGACGUGAGAAACCCUCGGACCUACCACGACGUGGAUCCUAAAAAAACGACCACGCGAGAACUGUUUUGCCGCUUUGAUCUGGGACUAGACGUCAUUGAGUUCACAGGUCAUGCCAUAGCCUUACACAGCAGUGAGAGUUACCUGGACCAGCCAUGUGUGGAGACCAUCCGUCGGAUAAAGCUGUACUCUGAGUCUCUGUCCCGCCACAAGGCCAGUCCAUAUAUCUACCCCGUGUACGGGCUGGGAGAACUACCACAGGGAUUUGCCAGACUGAGUGCAGAGUACGGAGGAACCUUCCUGCUGAACAGAGCAGUCGAUGAGAUCGUGAUGGACAACGGCAAAGUGAAAGCUGUGAAAUCUGAUGGGAAGCUGUUCCAGUGUAAACAGCUCAUCUGCGACCCGAGCUACGUUCCUAAUCGAGUGAGGAAAGUGGGGCGUGUAAUAAGAGUCAUCUGUUUAUUAAAUCAUCCAGUUAAAAACACCCAUGAGGCCACAUCCUGCCAAAUCAUCAUCCCUCAAGCACAGCUCAACAGGAAAUCAGACAUUUACAUCUCUGUAGUGUCUUAUGCCCACAACGUGGCCUCAGACGGGGUGUACAUCGCCACAGUGAGCACAACUGUAGAGACCAACAACCCGGAGAAAGAACUUCAACCAGGUCUGGAGCUCCUCGAGCCCAUCAUGCAAAAAUUUGUUUCAGUCCAUCAUCUGCUAGUUCCCAACGAAGAUGGAAAAAGCAGCCAGAUAUUUGUGUCCCGAUCAUUUGACGCAACAAACCACUUUUUGGGUGAGUGUGAGGACAUCAAGGACAUGUACCAUCGGAUCACAGGAGCAGAGCUCUGCUUCGGAGGAUCGCAGAGACACCAGUCUCACACCUCUGAUGAUGACUGAGGAAGACUUUUAAGAUCAUGGGAAAAAAAUAAUUCAACAGCUGGAGGCCAUGAUAACAAUAUGGAUGGUUUUGUUAUAGCAGUGGGUGUUAUGUAGCGUGUAGAGUGAAAGCUGAGUGUACUACAUAAAUGUUGGGUAUUUUCCUCUAAUGUGUCUUCCUCUUUGUGAAUUUCUGCUGUUGAGUAACAGUGUAAAUGUCUUUUUCUUUUGUCAGUCCUUUGAAAUGUGAUCUGUGUCCUUUUGCAGUGUUUUCUGUUGGAGACAAGGUGAUGCUCUGUGAUGAUCAAUACAACAUCUUUGCUCCACAAUUCUUACAUUUUAUUGUCUUUUUUUUUUAUUCUUACACCGCCAACUAAAAACGCCAACUAAAACUA